CGCAUUUUCAUGUUCGGGAACUUUUUGCGGACUGCAAGGCCGAGACCGGUCGGUUUCAUUGCGCGGGUUGAACAUGUUUUGGUGGCGGGUUGCUCCUCCGUAUAAAAGUUGCUGGGCUGGUGGCCACUUUCUCUAGCAACAAACUCCAUCUUACAGCAUCUCUAUAUCUCUUCAUCUUCCUCUCUUCCUCUUCAUUCUCUUCGUCUCGUCAUCGGUCCCUCUUUUCUCUCCCUCUCCUCAAUCUAUGUCGCCGCAUUACCUCUAUAUGCGAUAUAGAUAUCUACAUUCCCUCCCUUAAUCCCGCGUAGACGACGAGAAGAGCCAUCGUGUCGUUACACUCUGGCAGGCGGCGAAGGCUUGUGAAGAUGGUUGAUGGAGGUUUCGGCCGUCUCAAGAACAAGUUAAGGGAACAUUUCAAUCAUGAGGUUAGUCGCUAGCAAAUGUCUCUACGUGGAUUGCUGUGCUCUCGUUGUUUGCGGCUGUUUCUGUUUCGGCUCGUUUGCUUAGCCGGUGUUUGAUAUAAGCUUGCACGACAUGCUUGCUGGCUGCCAAACCGCCUCGUCUUGUUUGAACGGAAGAGAUGUAAGACGGUGCCAGUAUAUAUCAUUCACGGCAAGCCAAGUCAUGGUCUCGCGGAAAUUCCUGGCUGUCUGCUUUAACUAUCUGCUUGUGUUUUUGCUGUUGCGGUGCCUCUCGUUGGCAUGGCUUUAUAUCAGAGAUUUGCCCGUCAGUUGUACAGGUAUAUAAAUGCUAACAUGUUCAAGGGUCCGGAUGAUAUCUAUCUGACCUGUAAGUGAUACAGUCGGACUUUUACGGGUGUGGUUGCUGUGACAGAUUUUACUGACCAUGAGUGCUUCUCAAGACUACGAUGCAAGCAGUGAGUGAUCUUUCUCCUAUUUUCCGGAUAUCUUCCUACUAACACACUGUAUAGUCACAUAUGAAGAUUAUAAUACGCUCAAGUCGGACUGGCUGACGGACAACGUGAUUGGGUUCUGGGAGGAAUAUUUGGAGCAUGAAUUGCUUUCAUUCUACAAGACUCGCAUCAUCCUCCUUCGGCCUAGCAUGUCAUUUCUCCUGUUCCAGACUCCGGACCCAAAGACACUGGGCAACGCUUUACCUGAUUUCAAUCGUGCUUCUCACAUUUUUCUACCCAUCAACGACUGUCAAAAUGGCAUGCAGGCCGAAGGCGGCACUCACUGGUCUCUGCUGCUUGUCUCCCUCGCGGACCAAGUAGCUUUCCACUAUGACUCCCUGCCACCUGGAAACAUUACCGAGGCACACGCGGUUACGGAAAAGAUCAGCAUCAUCUGCGAAAAGCCCAUCAAAUUCAUGCAGAUGCCUGAUUGCCCCGUACAACAAAACAACAAUGACUGCGGAGUAUUCGUCUGCAUGAUGAUGAGAUAUCUCCUUCAGCAUCGGCUCCUGCAAGCAAAUUCGAAGGAAUACAUCACCAUGGCCCUAGACGGUGUUCCGCUCGACCCGGCCGAGGCACGCAAGGAAAUAGUGCAGAUUAUCCAUCAGUUAAAGAGGGACAGAGAUCGGAGAAGAUCGUACGUAACUUCAUCCGCUGAUCCUGCUGCUGCAUCGCGCAUAUUUGCAAAGCCUCACUCCAUCAUUGCCCGCACCCAAUCUUCCCCUGCCCACCGCACCCCCGCUACUGCUUCCUCCACAGGCUCCCUUGCCUCAACUCGCCCUCGCCACUCCAGAGUGUCUUUGUUUACUUAUUUCGCUAUCUGUGCCUCUGUCAUUGUUUUGAUCGCGGCUGCUCUUGCCUUCUACCUCCCUGAUAUCAACAUGACGUCUCUUUACCACGGCUACACACACAUUCAGCCUCCUGUUUGUGGCGAAUAUUGUCACAAACUCGACUCUGCUCUUUCCUCGGCCCGUUCUCAGCUCUCCCCCUAUCUUUUGCAAAUGCACGAACAAUUGAAUGAGCUUCAUGACUUUGGGAGGGAGUACUUUGCUAAGGUGUAUGAUGCGUUCUCCCGCUUGAGAAGAAUAUAGGUCGAGCAGCAAGCGAAAACCUAAGCCUCCGUCGCCCGAAAGUCCUCUAAAGAAAAAGAUGAAGCUUGCUAUCGGGCUUGAAGAUUAGACUACUACUACUAAUCGGGACUACAGAUGUUCUUCUGAAAUACUCUGUUGCCUUUCUCUGCAUUGAUUUUGUUUUUAUAGUUAGCCUUUGAUAGAUGCACCUCGUUAUGCGCAUCUAAGCAAGCCAGUGAUACCACUACAGUUAACUAGCGUUUGAUAUAUCCUAAUAUUCCCCUUUUGCACUCAGUUUUCUCGUGUGAAGACGAAGUAAUGAGUUACGCGGCAUGCGGUCUGGAAAAAUACGUUGCAUAAUAUUGGAUAUCCGGGUAAUUUCUAAUGGCGGCUGGAUCGCCGAGCCUAGCCAACUAACUAAUAUUUAAUUUCUCCAGCUAGCUAAUUAA